AAGUAAACGAAAAAAAACAAAAAAAAUAUUCCACUCAUUAUUAAUAUUUUAUUUUCCCGUGCGCCUUUCCCUAAAGAGUAAAGACUUUCAUUUCUCUCUCUUACCCUCUCAUCUUCACACCUUCGUCGGUUAAUCCAAAACACCGCGUCGUUUUUCACUUUCCCAAUCAAACGCGCCGCCGCAACCGGCGAAUCUCUCCGUCGUAACCGUUUCAUCAUUUCCAAUUUCGUUUUCCACUUCACCUUCAAAAAACAACGACCGAUUUUUGUUUCCAAUUUUCCAAUUCAUAUUCGCCGCCGGCGAUUCAGUUUCUGACGAUUCCUCAUCGGAAGAUGAGGUGCGCAUGAUUAUUUUAUUAACCUGCGCACCGUCGGUCGUUGCUUUUUCAUUCGGUUUGAAUCAAAAUUAACGGAACGGAACUUCGUUUUGCUUUGUGUAGUUUUUUUUGUUAAGGUUUUUGUGGAGAUACACUGUAGAUAACAGAAGCAACAAGUGAUAUAUUUCACUUUUUUUAUUAUUGUUAUGACCAAUCACUCUUAUAGAGAGGAGGUUGAAGUAAGUAUAAUUGUAAGUUAGUCAUACGUUACAAUAUGGCUUUCUUUAGGAACUUCGUAAAUGAUACAGUCUCGCAUGGUGUUAUGGAAGAUAAAGGCCUAGGACAGGAUGCUAAUAAUAUCAAUAGAUUGGUAGGUAAUGAAUGUAAUGAUGCAACUUCUAGCGAGAAAGAAUUCGAUAUGAACUUGGAGGCACAAUAUGAGAGUGAUGGUGGACCAGAUGCUGCCUGUAGACCGCAAAAUGAGGGAACGGCCGAUGAUGGAGAUGCUAUGAGAGAAUCCAACUUACAGGCUGCUGGUAGUAAAUCAUCUACGGUUGGAAAGUGGGGUUCAACAUUUUGGAAGGACUGCCAACCAAUGUGUCCUCAAAAUGGUUCUGAAUCUGGGAAGGAAUCAAAAAGUGGAUCAGACUAUAGAAAUGCAGGGGGAUCCGAAGAUAAUUCAUUGGAUGGAGAAACAGGAAGGCUAGACUCGGAAGAUGAUGAUGGACAAAAGGAGGCAGGUAAAAGCCGAAGAAGCCACUCUGAUGUUCCUGCAGAAGAGAUGUUGUCUGAUGAAUAUUAUGAGCAGGAUGGGGAAGAUCAAAGUGACUCAUUGCAGCAUUAUAAUGGGAUUCACAAGCCUACUGGACGAAAUUCAUGGCCUCAACAGAUGUCUACUUCCACGAAAAGAACUGUGCAUAGGAAAUCUAGGAUUUCAGAUGAUGAUGGUGAUUAUGAAGAAGAAGAUGAAGUAGAUGAAGAUGAUCCUGAUGAUGCAGAUUUUGAGCCUGCCGCAAGUGGCCAUACCUUAACCAAGGAUAAAGAUUGGGAAGCUAUAGGAUCGGAUGAAAAUGAUGACAGUGAUGAAAGUCUAGAUGUCUCUGAUGAUGACGAAUCUUUCUAUACUAGAAAACCCAAGGGAAGGCAACAAGGUAAGGUUAGAAAAAGUAUAAAAUCUACCAGAGAUCGCAAAGCAGGUGUUGCAUCUAGCAGACAAAGAAGAUUCAAAUCAUCUUUUGAAGAUAAUGAGUCAACAACAGAUGAUUCUGACAGUGAUAGUGAUGAUGAUUUCAAAAGCACAAGAAAGAGAAGUUUCAAUGUCCGCAAGAAUAACAGCCGCUUUUCUGCAACCAACAGUUUUUCUACCCACAGCAGUGAGGUCCGCACUUCUACUAGGGCGGUUAGGAAGAUAUCAUAUGUUGAAAGUGAUGGAAGUGAAGAAGCUGAUGAAGGGAAGAAAAAAAAGUCUCAAAAGGAGGAAAUUGAAGAGGACGAUAGUGACUCUAUUGAAAAGGUGCUUUGGCAUCAGCUGAAGGGCACAGCUGAAGAUGCCCAAAGGAAUAAUAGAUCAACAGAGCCUGCUUUAACGAGUCACCUGUUUGAUUCUGAAUUUGAUUGGAAUGAGAUUGAAUUUUUGAUAAAAUGGAAGGGGCAAUCUCAUUUGCACUGUCAAUGGAAGUCUUUUGCAGAGCUACAAAAUCUCAGUGGCUUCAAGAAGGUUUUGAAUUAUACGAAGAAAAUAAUGGAGGACAUCAGGUACCGAAAGACAAUCUCAAGGGAGGAGAUUGAGGUCCAUGAUGUGAGUAAGGAGAUGGAUUUAGAAAUUAUCAGGCAGAAUAGUCAGGUGGAAAGAAUAAUUGCAGACAGGAUCAGUAAAGAUGAUUCUGGUAAUGUUAUCCCAGAAUAUCUGGUCAAGUGGCAAGGACUAUCUUAUGCUGAAGUGACUUGGGAAAAGGACAUUGAUAUCGCUUUUGCUCAACAUUCAAUUGAUGAGUAUAAGGCUCGAGAGGCUGCAAUGUCAGUUCAAGGAAAGGUGGUGGAUUCCCAGCGUAAGAAGAGCAAAGCAAGUUUGCGGAAGCUUGAGGAACAACCUGAAUGGUUGAAGGGUGGAAAGCUCCGUGAUUAUCAACUUGAGGGUUUGAAUUUUCUUGUUAACAGCUGGAGAAAUGAUACAAAUGUCAUUUUAGCUGAUGAAAUGGGUCUUGGGAAAACUGUUCAGUCAGUAUCAAUGCUUGGUUUUCUACAGAAUGCCCAGCAAAUCCAUGGUCCUUUUCUUGUAGUUGUGCCGUUGUCUACUUUAUCAAACUGGGCCAAAGAAUUCAGGAAGUGGCUUCCUGAUAUGAAUAUUAUUGUAUACGUUGGUACUCGAGCAAGUCGAGAGGUUUGUCAACAGUAUGAAUUUUAUAAUGACAAAAAGCCUGGUAAACCAAUAAAAUUCAAUGCACUGUUGACUACAUAUGAAGUAAUUUUGAAAGAUAAGGCUGUUCUCUCCAAGAUCAAAUGGAAUUAUCUGAUGGUAGAUGAAGCUCAUAGACUAAAAAAUAGCGAGGCGCAGUUGUAUACAUCACUUUUAGAAUUUAGCACCAAGAAUAAGUUGCUCAUCACCGGGACUCCCUUACAAAAUAGUGUUGAAGAGCUAUGGGCUUUGCUCCACUUCCUUGAUCCUAACAAGUUCAAGAGCAAGGAUGAGUUUGUUCAAAACUAUAAAAAUCUGAGUUCUUUCCAUGAGAAUGAGCUUGCAAAUCUUCAUAUGGAAUUGAGGCCACACAUACUUCGAAGAGUUAUCAAAGAUGUGGAGAAAUCUUUACCCCCCAAAAUUGAGCGUAUUCUUCGGGUUGAAAUGUCUCCUCUUCAGAAACAGUAUUAUAAGUGGAUUUUGGAACGUAACUUUCAAAAUUUAAACAAAGGAGUUCGCGGGAAUCAGGUUUCUCUUCUAAAUAUUGUGGUGGAAUUGAAAAAGUGUUGCAACCAUCCCUUCCUAUUUGAAAGUGCUGAUCAUGGCUAUGGUGGGGACUCUGGAGGCAGUGACAACAGUAAACUUGAGAGAAUUGUCUUUAGCAGUGGCAAGCUUGUGAUACUUGAUAAGCUGCUUGUUAGAUUGCAUGAGACCAAACAUCGUGUUCUGAUUUUCUCUCAGAUGGUCAGGAUGUUAGAUAUACUGGCACAGUAUUUGUCACUUCGAGGGUUUCAAUUUCAAAGACUUGAUGGCAGUACAAAAUCUGAGCUGCGACAGCAGGCAAUGGAGCAUUUCAAUGCGUCUGGUAGUGAUGAUUUUUGCUUCCUUCUUUCAACACGAGCAGGAGGUUUAGGUAUCAACCUUGCCACAGCAGACACGGUCAUUAUAUUUGAUUCUGACUGGAAUCCGCAAAAUGACCUGCAGGCAAUGAGUAGAGCUCAUAGAAUUGGGCAACAAGAAGUUGUUAACAUAUAUAGAUUUGUGACAAGCAAAAGUGUUGAAGAAGAUAUUCUGGAGCGUGCUAAGAAGAAGAUGGUUCUGGACCAUUUGGUGAUUCAAAAACUGAAUGCAGAAGGUAGACUGGAGAAAAAAGAAGCCAAAAAAGGAGGAAGUCUUUUUGAUAAAAAUGAACUGUCUGCAAUCUUACGAUUUGGAGCAGAAGAGCUUUUUAAGGAAGAAAGAAAUGAUGAAGAAAGCAAGAAACGACUCUUAAGUAUGAAUAUAGAUGAGAUUCUUGAAAGAGCUGAGAAGGUUGAAGAGAAGAUAGAUGAAGAGGAACAAGGCAAUGAGUUAUUAAGUGCAUUUAAGGUUGCCAAUUUUUGCAAUGAUGAAGAUGAUGCAAGUUUCUGGAGCCGUUGGAUAAAGCCUGAUGCUGCAUUCCAAGCAGAGGAAGCUCUUGCUCCACGUUCUGCAAGAAAUAUUAAAAGCUAUGCAGAGGCUGAUCCAUCUGAAAGGAGUAAUAAAAGAAAAAAGAAGGAACCUGAACCAACUGAGCGAGUUCAGAAGCGCCGCAAAGCAGAGUAUUCGGCUCCUGCAGUACCAAUGGUUGAUGGAGCCUCUGUCCAAGUGAGAAGUUGGUCAUAUGGGAAUUUACCUAAAAGAGAUGCACUCCGUUUUUCUCGUGCAGUUAUGAAAUUCGGGAAUGAGAACCAAAUCAACUUAAUUGCUGCUGACGUUGGUGGUGCAGUUUUGGCAGCUCCACCUGAAGCACAGAUUGAACUUUUCAAUGCUCUAAUUGAUGGUUGUUCAGAAGCUGCGGAAAUUGAACAUUUGGAUCUGAAGGGGCCUGUGCUCGACUUUUUUGGUGUCCCAGUGAAAGCAAAUGAUCUACUUACCCGCGUCCAAGAACUUCAGCUCCUAGCAAAGCGCAUUAGCCGGUAUGAAGAUCCCAUUGCACAAUUCCGCGUUUUAUCAUAUCUUAAACCUUCAAACUGGUCGAAAGGUUGUGGGUGGAAUCAAAUUGAUGAUGCCAGAUUGCUUCUUGGAAUACAUUACCAUGGAUUUGGUAAUUGGGAAAUGAUUAGAUUAGAUGAAAGGCUUGGCCUCAUGAAAAAAAUAGCACCUGUAGAACUCCAAAACCACGAAACUUUCUUGCCACGAGCUCCAAAUUUGAGAGACCGUGCUAAUGCCCUUCUGGAGCAAGAACUCGUUGUUCUUGGGGUAAAAAAUGUGAAUAGCAGAGUUGCACGUAAGCCUUCCAAGAAAGAGAAAGAACAUAUGAUGAAUAUCUCACUGUUGCGUGGACAGGAGAAGAAGAAAAAACCAGGUUCUGUUAAUGUCCAAAUGAGGAAGGAUAGGUUUCAGAAACCCCGUAAGGUUGAACCUAUUGUAAAAGAGGAAGGUGAAAUGUCCGACAAUGAAGAAGUAUAUGAGCAGUUUAAGGAAGUAAAAUGGAUGGAAUGGUGUCAAGAUGUGAUGGUUGAAGAAAUGAAAACUUUGAAACGUCUUCACAGAUUGCAGACAACUAGUGCUAAUCUUCCUAAGGAAAAGGUUCUCUCAAAGAUACGCAACUAUUUACAACUUCUUGGGCGAAGGAUUGAUCAAAUUGUGUUCGAAAAUGAAGCGGAACCCUAUAAGCAAGAUAGAAUGACUGUACGACUGUGGAAAUAUGUAUCCACCUUUUCCCAUCUUUCAGGGGAGAGACUUCAUCAAAUAUAUUCCAAACUUAAACAGGAACAAAAUGAUGAGGCCGGGGUUGGUCCCUCUGCUUCAUUUAACAGAAAUGGAAACCCAUUCCAUCGCCAUAUGGAGAGGCAAAGAGGAUUAAAAAAUAUGGCUAACUACCAAGUGACAGAACCUGAUAAUAAUAACUCAGGAAAAUCUGAGGCAUGGAAACGAAGAAGAAGAUCUGAAAGUGAUGAUCAUUUCCAGGGUCAGCCACCACCUCAAAGAAUCACCAGUAAUGGAAUCCGGGUUACUGACCCUAACUCACUUGGGAUCCUUGGUGCUGGACCAUCUGACAAACGGCUUGUUAGUGAGAAACCUUUUAGGACACAACCUGGUGGUGUUCCUUAAAGUAGCCAGUUUUGUGGGAUCUUACCGGCAGAUUACUAGAGUGUUGGUGGCCGGCUUUCACUCUGCAUUUACACAGCUUCAGCUACUGUAUAUUCUCUGGAAUUCUUUUUCCACCCAUUUGGAAUAAGAUCUGCAGAUCCUUUUUGGCAUUUUCCUGAAGUCGAUCUGAAAAAUAUCUCAACUCUGGAAUCUGCGUUCUUGAACAAGAUGGUUGAAGCAAAUGAAGAUUUGCUGCAAGAUGAAACUGAAUCUUGCCAAUUGUUUCUUUUUGUCCUUUUAAUUUCUACCCUCGAUUAUGAGCCUAGCAAAAUGUUUACAUACAAAAAAUCUUUAAAAGAAAGGUUUCCCACUUGCUUUAGACAUACUUAGGAAAAUAUACAUUGUCAGUUCUGCAAUUUUAUUGGACUGAACUGCUCAAUCCAUAAAGUAUGUUAGUUGAUGCAACCAGAAUUGUAUCUGAUUUUGUGAUAUUUAUAUAGCCUAUAAUGUCCAAAAUUUUGCAAUUCUUUCA